CAUCCCGUGCAGCGCGCGCCGGCGCCCUGGGCGAUGAAGGCUGAGAGCUAUUUGCUGUUUUUGAAGUUGGGUGAGUUGCCGCACGGCGUGUAUGACCGGCUUGAGGAGACGUGGGCGGAUGAGGCGCUGGGGCGGUUUGAGGGGGGACUCGGUGCGGUGAUGAUUGUGAGGUAUACUGAUACACCUGCUGGCCCUUACGAUGAGCUCAUGCUCAUCCCCGGCAACUUCAGCGUUCCCCACCCUUCAACCGGUCCACCCAAGAUCCCCAAGAACGCCCUGAGAAUCGCACGCAUAUACGUCUCCCAACGCACAACGACCUACAACGGCCGUCUGAACUGGAACAUCCCUAAGCACCUCGCACGGUUCUCGUUCUCUGCUCCUAUCACGCCUGCCGGCGCCUCGCCGCCCCAGGAUCUCACUGUCAAGGUGUUCCCUCCCGGCUCUGAAGAUGGCGACGGUGUGCAGCCGUUCUUUGCAUGUAAGUUAACACCGUGGAGGUGGGUGCCGCCUGUGCCUGUGAAUAUGAGCUGGGUGCCGAUCAGUAUGAAGCAUGUCCAGCCGCCUGUUCCAGAGCCGGCGGGGCAUAAGGGAGCUGUUGCCGUGGAGCUUGGUGAUCAGGAAAGAGGAGUGACGAUUGAUGCGUAUGAUAUCAGCCCGAAGAAUGAGAUCGCAGUUGCGGCGGGCACGGACAGAUGGUGCGCGUUUGAUAUUGGUGGCAACGUGCAGAGAGCGAGGGGAUGCUGGGUUGAACUCUUGGAAGCUGGUGUGGAGGGCGAUGAGCAGGAGAGGUACUGGCCCAAAGACGUUAAGCCGUGGGGCUUUGGUGGGUGGAUGGAAGAUGCCGUGUUAGAGAUCGAGAAACCACUGGAUAAUACAAUGGGUCCUGCUCCAUACAGUAUGCGCUGGACGUACAAAAAUCUCGCUACCAGCUACGCCAAAAAACUGCGUGCCGUCUUAUCGAGCCCCACAGACGCACCUGCACUUGCCUCCCCCUCUCAAGAUGAGGUCGGCAUUGAGCCCCCAGUCGACACCAAACACCUCCACGACGUCACGUCACCGACCUCUGCGCCUUCCACACCGCCGUCUUCAUGUCCGCCGAGCGAGUUGACGCUACCCAUCGAAGUUUCUCAGACGAGCCUGGAGGUCCCCAGUACGUUGUACAGCGUCCUCAGCAGUAAGCUCAAACAGCUGUUUACCGUUAGGGAGCACGAUCUGCCGCUUGAGGACCGCUGGGAAUUCCGGGGCGCCUGGCUUCUUCUUCAUAUGGCAACGCAGUACUGCGCGUCGAAUCCUAGCCACGACAUCCUCGAAACUGGCUCCUCGAACGUGAAUGAGACUGUUCUCCUCCUUGAGGUUCUCCAAUACAGCAUCUCGAAAUCUGACGAUUUACCUACAUCUCGAGUCAGCCAGAUGUCUGCAAUGCCUUUUAUGACGAGCAAUGAGAAUCCUACACGCCACGACUCUGUUUACGAUACAACCUCGAUUCAGCGCCCUCAUACUCCCACACCGACAUUGUUCUGGUAUGCCAUCUCUGCAGGUGCUUCGGACCGAGCAACGACAGUUCAGGCUGCUGAGUACCUUCUUGGUCACGUUUGGCCACGCAAGAAUGCAAGCGCAAUACUCGAAGUGAUAGGAAAUCCCGCGAAAAAGAUGUCUGAGGAUGACGACACCGAACUUCGAAAAACACUGGGCGUUUUGCUAUACUCGGGGCUUUCGGGCAACUCCGCGGUUUCGCGCCCUAUCGGAGAACCCAAAGGCAGCACGCCAGGACCAAUCUCAGACAAUUAUCCACUCGAACCCGUCAAUUCUUAUCCUGCCGCGGAAUUUACUAUCCCGCCAGCCGAUUCUCUAUCAAGAUGCCGCAGUGCCCGAACUCGCUCUGUCGAUGCCCCGGCACGGGAGAAGGUGCAGAAUGAAGGACACCGAGGCGCCUCUUCCGACGAAGAGAACCCAUCUUUAGCGUCUCAGGACGAAGUCACGUAUCCCGAGGGAGGCUGGGAAGCCUGGCUCUGCAUCCUAGGAUCCUUCAUGGGCCUUCUGGCAGCGCUGGGCAUGAUGAACUCGGUCGGUGUGUACCACAGCUAUCUGUCCGAGCACCAGCUUCAGGGCUACAGCGAAAGCACCAUCUCGUGGAUAUUUUCCAUGUACAUCUUCCUCGCCUUCUUCGGCGGCCUGCAGAUCGGCCCCAUCUUCGAUGCACACGGCCCCAGGCUGCUGGUGCUCGCUGGCAGCAUCUUGCUGUGUCUCUCCAUGUUCCUGCUCGGAAUCUGCACGCUGUACUGGCAUUUCUUCCUGGUCUUCGGGGUCCUGGGCGGCCUCGGCAGCAGUCUGAUCUUCACACCUGCUUUCGCAGCGGCGAGCCACUUCUUCUACGUGAAGCGGGGAAACGCCACAGGCAUCGCUGCCGCGGGGGGUUCUCUAGGAGGCGUCAUUUUCCCACUGGCGCUGCAGCAGCUGCUCCCCAAACUCGGCUUUGCGUGGGCAACCCGCAUCAUCGCGUUCGUCGACGUCUUCUGCUGCAUCGUCGCCUGCGUGCUCAUCAAAUCCCGCCUGCCCCCCCGACCGGGCCAGUCUGUCCUACCCGAUUUCCGCAUCUUCCGCGAUAAAUCCUACCUCCUGCUGACCAUUGCCAUCUUCCUGAUGGAAUGGGCGCUCUUCGUGCCCAUCACGUACCUCACGACCUUCGCGUCGUCGAGCGGCGCAAUGUCGCGCGCCUUCUCGUACCAGCUCAUCGCCAUCUUCAACGCGGGCUCGUGCCUGGGGCGCUGGGUACCGGGCCUACUAGCCGACAAGCUGGGGCGGUUCAACUGCAUGAUCGGCGCGCUGGCGGUAUGCGGCGCGACAUCGCUGACGCUGUGGCUGCCCGCUGCGCUUUUGACGCCCGCCACCCCUGCGACGGCGACGACGAUCAAGGCGCUUUCGAUCACGUACGCGGUCAUCUUCGGGUUCGCGUCGGGCUCGAAUAUCAGCCUGACGCCCGUGUGCGUCGGCCAGCUUUGCGACACGCGCCAGUAUGGACGCUACUAUGCGACGUGUUACACGGUUGUGAGCUUCAGCACGCUGACGGGGAUCCCCAUUGCGGGCAGCAUUCUGGGCCGCACGGCUGGGGGUGCGUACUGGGGCGUUGUUAUCUGGACGAUUGUUUGCUAUGUCAUCUCGUCGGGCUUGUUUGUUUGGAGCAGGGCGCUGCAUGUGGGGUGGAAGUUGGUCAAGUUUUAG